CAGUGUGGUGCAUCAUACAAUCGACGAAAAAGUGUUCAACAUGACUCGACUCUUUCUGUUCUUAAUUUUGUGCUUUGUCGCUGCUGCAGCUACUUGUAGCUUUGAAAAGAAGAAGGAAGAUCAGAAUAUCCAUAUAAUUCACGUGAAAUCAAAUCAGUCUCCAAGCAAACAAAUGGACGAUCCAGAAAUACUGGAGCUUUAUUUACCACCCGAAAUUUUAACCCGCCAACGCCGAGAAUCAAGAACGGAAGCUACAACGUUGCAAUGUAAGGAUAAAGACUGUCAACAGAAAAAAUGUGGCACAAAACUCAAUGAAAACUGCCCCACUGAUAACAAAAAUCAUAAUCAGAAUAAUGGAAAACGUAUUUUAUCUGAGCCACUGCAAGUCACUACAGCAUCGGUCAAGUCAUGAACUUUAUUAAAUUUUAUCAUUUAUCAUAAAUUUAUUAAAUUUUUGUAUUACAUUCAUAAUUUUUAAUGUUAAUAUAAAUAUGUUAUUCUGCACUGUAAACGUAAAUACUUAAAAUGAAUUAAAAAAAAAAAUUUGCACGUCA